AUGGCGUACCCUGGUGAUUCCCAAACAACCGCCACCAACACAACCCCCGUGCAUGCGCCCGUUCUUGACUGGUCAACCACACCUCUCGCGACAGAUUAUCGAGGGCACUACGUCAAGAUUCUGGACAACGUAUUCUCACCAGAGGAGUGUGCCGAGUUGAUCGCGCUCGCCGAAUCCGAUGCGCAGUGGAAGCAGGCGGCAGUGCACUACGGUCUCGGCGCAAACCAGAACUACGUCGACACCGAUUACCGAAAUAGCGAGCGUAUCCUGCGGUUCGAUAACGCAACCGCUGAUAAGCUGUACCAGAAACUGCUGCCCUAUGUCCAAGAGCUGGUGGAGAUCAAGCCUGGCGGCGAAUGGGAAGGCAUCGUAGGCCGUCCAGGCAGAGUCGACUCGACAUGGAGAUGCGUUGGCAUCAACGAGCGCUUAAGCUUUUUGAAAUACGGUAAAGGCCAUUACUUUCGAGAGCACUGUGAUGGCCAGCUCGAGCUCCCCGACGGGCGGCUAUCGCGAGUCACACUCCAAAUUUACCUGGGAGAAGAAAAUGUGAAGGGCGGUGCCACACGGAUUCUGGGGAAGAGGAACCGUUAUGUGGACGUCCUUCCUAAGAAGGGACGUGUCCUCAUUUUCCAACAACGUAACAUCUACCACAGCGGUGAAGAUGUGGCGGAGGGUAUCAAGUAUACCCUCAGAAGCGACUUCAUGUUCCGCGAAUUCGAGGAAUAG